UCAAUAUUAUUUCGCAGAUGGAUGGCUAUUGAAUCCCUUUUUGACAACAUUUUUUCCGUAAAAUCUGAUGUAUGGAGCUUUGGUAUUUUGAUGUGGGAAAUAGUCACGUUGGGGUCAACACCAUAUCCUGGUAUUCCUGCGGUAGAUGUCAUGCGUAAGGUACGCGAUGGAUACCGUCUUGAUAAACCUGAACAUUGCCGACGUGAACUGUAUAACAUAAUGUAUUACUGCUGGUCAGGUGAUCCUAAUGAACGCCCUACGUUUGUAGAAUUGGUUCAAAUGCUAGAUAAACUACUACAUACUGAGAUGGAUUAUAUCGAACUGGAACGUUUUCCUGAUCACAACUACUAUAAUAUUCUGAAUCUGAGUGGCGAAAAGCUGUAAUACUACACUAUAGUUAUUGUAGGUAAGAGUUUAAGAAAUAUGUACUGUUUCAAUAGAAAACAAUGUCAUUACUUCUAACAUUCCUAAAAUUUUUAAAAUUUGUUGAACACUUGUAUAAGUUAUUUUAUAACAAUUUUACUAGUUACUGUAUUUAUUGAAUAAACUAAUUUUUAGAGGAAGAUAAUAUUAUAUAUAUGAGGGGAAUAAUCAAUAGUGUAUGCUUCUUAUUAUGGA